GAUCGGAGGGACUCGAACUCGACGUUUAUUUCGCUGCUCCAGCUCGACCCUGCGCCCAUGGACUCUGACGGGGAUACGCCGACUGAAAAGCAGAAUCCAAUGGACUCCCUGGCUCCGGAUGGCGCCUCUGUUGAGCGAAGUGUGGGCAGCAUCAAGUCUGGCUCGACCAUGGCCCCGGGGCUGAGUGGCAGCGGCCACGGCGCCAUCUACUACCUCACCCGGAUGCAAAAGUAUUCCAGCUAUGCUGUGUCCGUGUUCACCACCAUGCACCUGGCCAAUGUAUCUCUCCUUCCGGCGAUUACACGAAGCGUGGCCGGCUCGGAAACCUACCUCCUCAUGGGCCGGGAGCUCUACCAGACGUCUAUUACGGAGCCGUUGCUGGUUGGCUUGCCGGUGCUGAUGCACAUCGGCUCGGGAAUUGCUCUACGCCUGCUGAGGAGAUCGGAAAACAUACGACGAUAUGGAGGGUCGACACCGGGCAUGUUUUCUUUGAUAAGUUCACGAACCGACAGCACGACGUCCUCUUCUCGCUCUUCGGUUCGACUCUGGCCGCAGGUGAGCUGGAUCUCUUGGUCUGGCUACAUCUACACGGCCUUUUACGGCGCCCAUGUCUUUAUGAACAGAAUCCUGCCCCUGGUCGUGGAGGGAGACAGCUCCAAUAUCGGUCUGGCCUAUGUCUCCCACGGCUUCGCCAAGCACCCUAUAAUUGCGGCCACUGCCUACCGGGGCCUGAUUGGAAUCGGAUGCGGCCAUAUGGUUUGGGGACUGGCCAAGUGGUUCGGAAUUGCGCCCUCGACCAGCGGCUGGUGGGGGAGCCAAGCAGUCGCGGUUGAUAAGAAGACCAAACGCCAGCGCAGGCGGCGUUGGCUGGCGAUUCAGGCUGCAGUAGUGGCCGCGGCUGCAUUGUGGGCGGUGGGAGGGCUCGGGGUUGUUGCGCGAGCUGGAGCGUCCGAAGGAUGGGUUGGGAAGUUGUACGACGAUCUGUUUGCUCACGUCCAUCUCUGA